GAGCCGCCAUAUGGCGGCCCUUUCACACUUGUCGCCGGAAGACUCUUGACGUUCGGUGCGGUGGUAGAACAAAAGUCAGCCUCGUGGUCCACCGGCGAGUCCGCUGCGCCAAAAACUAUGCGCUAUGGUGGCUCCUCACCUGUUCUGCCUCCUUUCCCAACGCCGCCCCCACCUGUCUGCACUUCACCAGAGGAUGCGAUUGUCAUCGUCUGUAGCAACCUGUUGGUGCACUUGGUGGACUUCAUCGAAAUCGAUGAUCGAACGCACACACACAUGGAACAGAAGUCAGCCUCGAGGUCCACCGGCGAGUCUGCUGCGCCAACAACCAUGCACGAUUGUGGCUCCUCGCCUGUUUUGCCUCUUCUCCCAACUCCCCCACCUGUCUGCACCUCAGGGAGGAUGCGUCAUGUUCGUUCUCUCGUAGCCGUUUAG